AUGUCGAAACCUCAGAAUGAGGCCGUCAUUGCCGCAUCUCCCGUGGACUUCGCAUCAAUUGUCGCGUCUUGGUCUCCGGAGGAGCGCGCCGAUCGAGAAAAGAAGCUUGUUCGAAAGAUGGAUUGGAGACUCCUCCCAAUAUUGAUCAUUGUCUACAUCAUGAACUACAUCGACAGAAACGCUGUCCCGCAUGCAAGAGUCCAAGGGCUUGAAAAGGAUUUGAACAUGUCAGGCUAUGAAUACAACAUUGUUCUUUCGGUGACAUUUGUUGGAUACAUCUCCAUGCAGAUCCCAAGCAAUAUGAUUCUCACCAAAGUGCGUCCCAGCUGGUAUCUGUCUGGUUGCAUGGUCGCAUGGGGCAUCGUCAGCGGCCUUUCUGGCGCGGUUCACAACUUUGCUGGACUAGCUGUGAACAGAUUCUUUUUAGGAGUUACGGAGGCACCCUUCUUCGUCGGCUGCGCAUUCUUGUUCAGUGGCUGGUACACUCGGAGAGAACUUGGUUUCCGUCUUGGAUUGCUGUACUCCGCGGCCAUGAUCUCCGGAGCCUUCGGCGGUCUCUUCGCCGCAGGCAUAGCUGCCGCAUUCGCCAACAACCGACUGGAGUCAUGGCGCUGGCUCUUCAUCAUCGAGGGCAUUGCGACGGUCGUGUUCGCCGUAGUGUGCGCUUUCAUCAUCCCGGAUUGGCCUUCCAACACGAAGUGGCUUUCUCCCGAAGAGAAGGCCAUCGCCGUUAUGCGCAUCAUCGAAGAUGCCGGCGAGGAGGAAGAAGACAUCAGCACGGGGACGGCCUUCAAGCUCGCAGCGAAGGACUACCGUGUCUGGCUCUGUUUUCUGGGACAGACUUGUUUGCAGGCCGUGGCUUCAUUGACCAACUUUCUACCGACGCUGGUUCAGAACUUCGGCUACAGCACGAUACAUACCCUUCUUCUUACCUCCCCACCGUACAUCUUUACUGCCCUCUUCUGUCUUUCCAACACGUGGUGGUCGGACCGCACUUCUAAGAGGUCAACCCACAUCAUUUUCCCGUCUGCCGUGGCCCUUGUUGGAAUCAUUAUUACGUUGGCGACUACCAAUACAGGAGCACGGUACUUCGCCUUGUUCCUGAUGCUGCCAGGAACCUACGGCUGCUUCCAAAUCUCGAAUGCCUGGAUGGCAAAUAUUGCAGCACGACCUCAGAAGAAGAGGGCCAUUGCUCUCGCCGCCAACAACUCUAUCGGCAACCUGGCCCUCGUAUGGACUCCAUAUCUCUAUCCCGCGAGCGCGGGACCACGGUACACCGCAGCUUGGUCAGUCAAUCUCGUGUUGAUGGUCAUCACCAUAGUCAGCACCAUUGUAUUGGCGUUCUUCCUCAGAAGAUGUAACCGGCGAGCAGAAACGGAGAGAAAUGGCAUCAACUUGGAACACGGACAAGGAGAUUACAAAGACAACAGUGCCCACAUUGAGGACAGUAAUGGCGAAGGGGACCACGUAACCCCGGUCAGAGGUUUACCAGUGGUAUACCAGACAUAA